CAAGUUGUAGCUUGUUAAAAAUAAUGCAGAAUGAAUGACUAAAGUACUUGUAAGAGUACUUGUUCAAAACUAAUUAUUUUUGGCAUAUUAAAAUCAGCGAUCCGUUUGGUUGGAUAGAUAUUGUAGUGUAUGUGCCUACGCAUCAGCGCGUCAGUCGCUUACAAGCCGUCAGUGCAUGCACACGUGUCUGAGCUACGCAUACCCUACACCCGCCUAAGUACGACAAAUAGUGUUUUAUUGCCCCUGGGAUACUAUAAGUGGCGACGAGGACAAAAGAGGCAGUUUAGAGAUAAGAUCCCGGCAGCACAAGAUGUGGAAUAUAAAACAAUAGACGAAGAAGUUAGAGACAGAGAUUUACAAAUGAAAGAAAAAGGGAAAGAAUACGGAGACCUCAAACGGAGAGCAACAGAUAGCCAUUUGGAAAUAGGAGAGAAAGUAUUGAUUAAAAAUGUAAUCAAAGAAAAUAAGUUGACCCCUAAUUAUAAUCCUACCAUGCAUACCGUAACGGGGGUGAGAGGUGGCGAUAUUUGUAUUCGGAAUGAUGAAACCGGGAAAGAGUACCGCCGAAACGUAAUCCACUUAAAGAAAGUGAACGACGCAUGGACCGUGAUUAAUCAGGAUUGCAGUAAUAAUAAUUUAGAAGAAAAUGAUGAAUUAACGUAAAUCCUUAGAUGAUUGUUGUAUUAUUAAAUUGUUAUAUGCUGUUGCUAAGUGCGAUUUUAAGAUUGUGCAAUUUAAGUAAAAUCAAAGUUUUGUUACAUUGUGCAGCAAAUUUGGAACAUAGUACCUAAUAUUUAAAAUAUUUGAUUACUUAACCCUCAAAGUUGAUAAAACA